AUGGAUCGACCAAGCACUCCGCCUGCAAAGCGAGCGACUCGAGCUCAAGCUCAAGCUCAAGAUCAAUCAGCUCGGCCACCACUCACGCCUGAAGUGACUCGCAAAAUCGAAGAGAAUCGGCUCAAAGCCAAAGCUCUCCGCGAACAGUCGCUCGCCCGAGAGGCAGCAGCCGCCUCCCAAUCCGCCAAACGCACCCCUUCAGGAUUCCUCGCCACCGCGGCGCCAGCGAGCGCAAAGCGCGCCCACAGCUUGAUAUCUACCGCCGACGUCCCUCGGUCGAACCGCGAUGGCCGAAACAUGCCUAAAGAGAGUGGUAUCCAGGCUGCGAGGAAGUUCGCAAGCUAUGUCGACCAUGACUUCAGCAAGAUGACGGAUACGAGGGGUGGAUUCCUGAACGCGGAUGAUGACCCGUUCAACAAGGCCUUGCAUGCACCGAAGGAAGAGAAGCCGUCGCAUAUGACUCUGAAAGAGUGGGAACGCCACCAGCUGCUCAAGAGCUUGCGGCGGAGAAAGGAAGGCCCAUUCGAACCAGGUCUGGGACUCACUGCGAAGGAGCAAGGCAAGAGAUGUACGGACUGCAGGAGCUUGGAAAUCGACUGGCAAUGGGACGAAGUAUUCGGGUGCCAGGUCUGCAACAGCUGCAAGGAGAAGUUCCCGGACAAGUACAGUCUGUUAACGAAGACGGAGGUGAGGCAAGAUUACCUAUUGACCAACCCUGAACUGGAGGACGCCGAACUCCUUCCUCAUCUUUCCAAGCGAAACCCCCACAUGACUCACUGGCACGACAUGAACCUCUUCCUCCGCUUCCAAGUCGAGGCCUACGCCUGGAAGAAGUGGGGAUCAGAGGAGGCGCUGGACGCCGAGCAUGAGAAGCGGGUGGAAGACGCCAAGAUCCGCAAGAACAAAAAAUUCAAGACCGGUCUGAGGGAGCUGCAGAAGAAGACCCUGACCGACAAGUACCGGCGGCACAUGAAGAACGGGGCCGCGGGGGGGAAUUUCGGCGACCAGAUUUCAGACGCCAAGCAUGAACACUCUUGGGGUAUCGCGGUGCAGGGUGAGGACGGCAUGGACGUGAGGACUUGCACGGAGUGCGGGAUGGAACAGGAGUGCAUGACGUUUUGA